AUGGGCAGGAUCGUCUUCUACGAGGAGAAGAACUUCCAGGGCCGUCGCUAUGAGUGUGACAGCGACUGCUCCGACUUCCACACCUACCUGAGCCGCUGCAACUCCAUCCGUGUGGAGAGCGGCGCCUGGGUGGUGUACGAGAGGCCCAACUACAUGGGCUACCAGUACGUCCUGACCAGAGGAGAGUACCCGGACUAUCAGCGCUGGACGGGCGUCAACGACCACCUCAGCUCCUGCAAGAUGAUCCACUUUACCAGCGGGACCAUGUACAAGAUGCAGCUGUAUGAGAAGGCGGACUUCGGUGGUCAGGCCUACGAGACCUCAGAGGACUGCCCCUCCCUCGUGGAAAAGUUCCGCUGGAGAGAGGUCUACUCCUGCAAGGUCUACGACGGCUGGUGGGUUUUCUACGAGCACCCCAACUACCGCGGUCGCCAGUACUUCCUGGAGAAAGGAGAGUACCGCAAGCACGGAGACUGGGGCGCAGUCAGUCCCACCGUUCAGUCCUUCAGGCGCUUCACGGAGUAA